UUGCCGUCGUUCGCGUCUUGCUCUGCAAGACCGCGAGGACCACCACGCUCCAGCGCAGCUAUGAAUCUGGAGCGCGUGUCUAAUGAGGAGAAGCUGAACCUGUGCCGGAAGUACUACCUUGGUGGAUUUGCGUUCCUGCCUUUUCUUUGGUUGGUCAACAUUUUCUGGUUCUUCAGAGAGGCCUUCCUCGCCCCAGCCUACACAGAGCAAAGCCAAAUCAAAGGCUAUGUGUGGCGCUCAGCAGUGGGCUUCCUUUUCUGGGUGAUUGUUCUCACCACCUGGAUCACCGUCUUCCAGGUCUACCGGCCCCACUGGGGUACUCUUGGGGACUACCUCUCCUUCACGAUUCCUCUGGGCACUCCCUAGCUGCACAAGCUGGUGAUCUGUUCUUUCUCCCAAGAUGUGCUUCUCCGCUCUAAGCUUUUUCUCAGAUCCAGAAGACUGUUUCCCAUUUCCCAUCUGCCCCAAUAAAGGACCCUAACUUAAAAAA